AUGGCGACAGAAGCGCCCAAGAAGAUGGAAUGGCUCGUGGUCGUUCCCGACUUCCCCGGCGCUCAUGAGAAGAGGAUAGCGGUGCGACCGCAACACUUUGCCAACCUUGGUCCUGUCAAGGAAUCAGGCGUGUUCCAAAUGGGCGGGGCCGUCCUUAACGAGGUGCCUACCUCCUCCGACCCCAAGGACUUCUCCUUCGCCGGCAGCACCAUCGUUGUGCUAGCCUCGAGCCGCGAGGAGAUCAAGGAGAUCCUGCGCCAGGACGUGUAUGCCAAGGAGGGAGUGUGGGACGUUGAGAAUGUGAGUCGUUUCCCCUCGUAG